GUAAAGGCUUUCUUUUUCAAACUUUAUAAUCCAAAUAGUUCUACAAGUUCUCAAUUGGAUUUAAAUUUGAGUUCUACAAUACCUAAUCUAAAAUUGGAAUAUUAUAAGUUGACAUCUACCAAGUACUAUAAGAAGAUGUAUGACAAGAUGCUCCAUCUUAUUGGAAUACAGAAUUAG